CAAUCAUUUAAUGGCAAAGGCUAACAGAGGCGGACCUUGCGGAAGUUUGUUCCCGAGAAACGUAACGUGUAUUUCCCCAAAUACAGAACCUAAGCAUCUGUUUUGAACGAUGGGACGCCGCAAGUCUAAACGAAAGCCGCCUCCUAAAAAGAAGAUGACGGGGAAUCUGGAAUCGCAAUUUUCAUGUCCCUUCUGCAACCACGAGAAGUCAUGUGACGUCCACAUGGAUAGAAGCAGAAAUACUGGAAUAAUAUCGUGUUCAGUCUGUUUGGAAGAGUUCCAGACACCAAUUACUUACCUGUCAGAGCCAGUUGACGUGUACAGUGAUUGGAUAGAUGCAUGUGAAUCAGCCAAUCAGUAGCCCUGAUGGACCUGGACUCGUGUCAGGACUGGAGGAGGCUGGGACUGUUGGGCGGCCUGACAUAGAAGGAGUUUGUUUUGGGUUUUUUAAAAUAUAUGUACAUAUAAUUCCACUUGUGUGACGAUGUGGACAGGAGGAGACACCUCUAUGCAAAGCCCACAACCCACAACUCUAGAUAAACCCCGUUUUUUUUCUUUUCUUGCAGUGUUACCCGAAUCUUCAAUUUGUAUUUCCCCCCAACUCUUUGGACUUUCAAAUGUAGUCUUUUUUUUUUGUUUUGUCUUUGCCUGACAGUGUUCAAAACUAAAAUUUUCUUGGAUAUACAUCAUGAAACUGAGAUAUCUAGACAGUGUUCAAUGUGCAGCGUUCAAUGACUUCAACGCUGCACGCAGUGGCCACUUUAUUAGAUACACCUGCAUAAGUGUAUCUAAUGAGCAAAAGCGUUUUACAUUUUUUUUCAGCCUAUCCUGAAAUGCAGCUAAACUACCUUUGCUGCGAUGAUGUCAUCACAUGUACUUAGAUGCAGCAUGUCCUGUAAUGAUAACGAUGAUGAUGAUAAUGACCCUCAGCUCCCCUCAUCCACACAGCAGCAGGUCAUUAAACGGAGGGAAAAAAAAUAGCUGAAUGCUUUACUCUUUAUAUCAUGUAGUUAGAUUUAAUUGCUUUUUGUCUUCUGUGAUAGUAGCAAGGUGUACACACCAUAUUUCAAUUUGUGUGCUUAGUUAUUUUCCAAUGCCGCUGUAACACAAAACACUUUGUAGUUACUAUGACUUGGGUUAAUUUCAAAAUAAAAGAGCAUCAAGACAUAAUGUCACUAA